AUGCAGAUCCCUGUCCAUGACGAUUUAUGGGUUGAGAUGGAUGCCAGGAAGUUACGCGAGCGAGAAAUGCGUGCCUACUUUAUCCCCCACGCGACAGAGGACAAUGUAUACUUCGCCAUCAUGCCGCGCGGUACUGCUUUUGUCGACGAGUUUCAGACUUCUUGGGAUCGUUUCCUCGAGAAUCCACUCAAACUCCUAUUCUGGGGGUUGAAUCCUUCGCGUCCAGUCAACAAGAAGGAGUCUUCGCCGGCGGACGAAAAGACAGAGAAGCCCAAGUCGCCCUUUGACAAAGAGGAAGACAGGCAGCCUCUGGCAGCUUGGUGA